UGCUUUAUCAGGCGCCUCAUUAAAGAGCUAGAAGAUGCUCGACUUCGGGUGAUCGCAGUUAUUUCUGACAAUAAUUCCAUUAACCGCAAAGCAAUGUCUUUUUUUUCUGAUCCCCCCAAAAUUAAUAUUGUCUAUGCACACCCAUCUGAUCCUUCAAGACCUUUGUUCUUUGUUUUGGACAGUGUUCACAUUCUCAAGUGUAUCCGUAACAACUGGCUUAAUCAACGUAAUCCUGGGACUUGCAUGUUUUUUCCCGACAUAACUGAACUUUCCAGUGAUGGACAAGUGUUAACAGCAUCAUUUGGCACUUUGAGGAAGGCACAUGAAGAGGAAAGCAAUGAGCUCUUGCGGUUGGCCCCCACAUUAUCUUUAAAAGCAUUAAAUCCAUCCAACUUGGAGCGCCAGAAUGUCAACCUCGCCCUGAAGAUUUUCAACCUUUCAACUAUUACAGCACUCACAAGUUCCAAGUUAGCUCAACUUCAACAUGCCAAAGGCACAGCUGAAUUUAUCCGCAUCAUCUUGACUUGGUGGAACAUCGUAAACGUCAAAACGCCUCACAAGGGACAGCGCCUACGCGAUGGCUUUCAAGAGCCUGUGAGAAGUCUGUCUUCCCCUCAGAUCGAUUUCCUCAACAGUGUAAUUGACUGGCUAGAAUUUUGGGAAAGUCUAAAGCAUGAUGCAGGCCACCUGACUCGCGAAACACACUGUGCAUUCCGCCACACUUGUCACGCUCUUGUAGAAGUAACCCGCUACUGCAUUGAAGAGCUCGGCUUCUCGUACGUGUUGCUGGGAAAGUUCCAAACCGACUGCCUAGAGGACAGAUUUGGAAAAUAUCGGCAGUUGUCGGGAGCGCAGUAUCACGUGUCUAUACGGCAGAUAUACGAGUCGGAGCACAAGCUCAGAUUGCAAAAAGUGCUGGAGCUCCCCGAACUCCCUCAUCUAGAUGUUCUAACCCCAUGUGGCUCUCUUAACGACCCACAGUAUAUGAAGCGGUUUGGUGUUGCCAUAAGAGAGCAAGACAUCAAGAAGAAGCAGCCGAUGCUUCCUGCCAUUACUUAUGUGGCAGGCUACUGUGCACAUGCAGCUGUAAAAAAGCUUGCAUGUACCUCCUGCAAGGACAAUCUUGUUUUAGAAGACGAAAGUUUUGAGAAUGAUGAUUUUUCACUUAUUGCCAGUGCCACGAGAGGUGGCCUCAAGUUUCCUCAACCUGUAGUUGUGCAGGCAGUUUUGACAAUGGAAAUAGUGCUUGAGCAACUCGUAAGCGAGAAAAACGCGACUGAGUUUUAUGAUUCUCCGAAGCAAAAAGAGCUUCUUGUUGCCUUGACGUCAUCGCUUACCGAUAGCGAUGAAGACCUUGACACUUGUGACCGGGGGCAUUCACCACAGCUCGUCAUGAAGUAUAUUCUUAGUGCGGCUGCGAAUUUUUUAUUAAGUAAUCUGUGUAAACAGAACAAUGACAAGCUUACGGCCAGUAAACAAGAAAAAAAGCGAAAGCUAAAGACACUGCAGCCUUGACCUUCUUUAGCUGCAUAUGCAGGCCAUGUUGUUUUGUAAGAAGCUGCAUAUGCAAACAAGCAUAUGUUGUUUGGUAAUAGUUUGUACUGUUUUGUUUGCAUGUGAAAUGAUUUGUUUGUAGGUAUUGUUAUGCCAUGUUCAUUUUGAACUGUUGAAAGUGUAAUAAAUGAAUGAGAAAGUUGACUUUCGUUUGUAUUUAUAAAUGCCUUACUGGAGAUUGCUGCAUCAGUCAAGUUCAAAAUACUUUCUGCAUCAAAUCUCGAAGUAUCGAAGUCAUACCAGCAAUACGUGUGUUUGCUAAA